CCAAACAGUAUCAUUGAUCACAGUGACUUCAGUGUAAACAUACAUACCCCAUUUCCAGUAUCAGCAUAAUGGCAUUCAAGUUCGUCGUUUUCCUGGCUUCGUUGGCCGUUGCCAGCGCUGGAUAUCUGGAAGCUCCAGUGUCGUAUGCUGCACCAGCUCACUACUCUCCAGCUUCGGCUGUGAGCUACAGCACCCUGUCCCAGGCUGCCCCAGCAAAGGCUUUGACCUAUGCUGCCCCGGCUGUCCACACGACCUAUGCUCAUGCUGCUCCAGUUGCCACCUAUGCUGCUCCAGUUGCCAAGACCUUCACUUACUCUUCCCCAGCUGUUGGAUCUACCCACGAGAGCACCAUCCGCAGCCAUGAUGGCACCAUCUCCCAUCACUCCAAGGCCGUCGACACUGCUUUCUCCAGCGUCCGCAAGUCCGACACCCGCAUCACCAACGAAGCCCCCAAGCUGGCUUAUGCUACCACCUAUGCUGCCCCAGCUGUCGCCACCUACUCCCACGCCCCAGUUGUCGCUAAGCAGGUGAGCUACGCUGCCCCAGCUUACCAGACCUACGCCCACGCUGCCCCAGCUUACCAGACCUACGCCCAGGCUGCCCCAGCUUACCAGACCUACGCUCAUGCUGCCCCAGUUACCGUCUCUAAGCAGGUCAGCUAUGCUGCCCCAGCUUACCAGACCUACGCCCAUGCUGCCCCAGUUACCGUCUCUAAGCAGGUCAGCUAUGCUGCCCCAGCUUACCAGACCUACGCCCAUGCUGCCCCAGUUACCGUCUCUAAGCAGGUCAGCUAUGCUGCCCCAGCUUACCAGACCUAUGCCCAAGCUGCCCCAGCUGUGCACACCACCUACGCCCACUCCGCCCCAGCUGUGGCCACUUAUGCACAUGCUGCCCCAGUUGCCGUCGCCAAGCAGGUCAGCUAUGCUGCCCCAGCUUACCAAACCUACGCCCAGGCUGCCCCAGCUUACCAGACCUACGCCCAUGCUGCCCCAGCUGUCCAGACCUACGCUCAUGCUGCCCCAGUUGUUUCAGCUCACUCCACCAAGACCCUGACCUACUCCCCAGCUGUUGAGGUUGCCCAUGUCAGCUACGACGGAACUCAUGCCCAUUAUGGCUGGUAAAUCGUUGAUCACUGAGUCACUAAGCA